CUCAGUGCGCUUUCCUAACUUGAAGGCAACACCGCCAAGCACGCGCAACACGGCAAAGACACAGAACGGAACGCGCCUGGUUGUCGUAUUGUCUACUCGGGGUCGUGAAGAAGAGCAGUGCACCGCAGCGCUUUGACAAAAAAAAAAAAAAAAUUAAACUAAAUAGAAUCCAAAGAACAUUACUAAGAAUACGAAUAAAGGGAAUUAGGUUAAAAAAAGUACUCAAAAAAAUUGGUGAAAGUGGAUAAAGUAUUUGCUGGCUAUAAAGUGCAUUACUCAAACCCCUAAAUAACCCCCAGUAAUCGGCCUCAAUACACUAUGGGUUUAGCCACAUUGGUAUCGUUUUGCUAAUUACAAAUACCUCAUCAGCGCUGCAGCAGCAGCGAUGUUGAAACAAAGAAAACGCCAGGAGGCAGAGGAAAACAAAAGCUAAACUGCCAGCUAGCCAUCUUUCUAGCCCGCCAACGAGCGUUAACUUAAUUACUUAACAAACUAGCGGCCACAUUAUUGCAGAUCAGCGCUAGCGACAGCGGACCACAAGUGAUUAGCGUUAAAAGUGCAGCUUCUCCAGCACCUAAUUUGGCUACUCAACCUAAAUUUUGACUUCCUUUUACUUACAUACAUACAUAUGUAUGUACAUAUGUACAUACUCCAAUUUAAGUUGGUGAAGGUACUCGUUUAUUUUUGGUGGUACAGCUCCGAAUCAGCUUUCCAUAUAUCGGUGCUCCACCGUUUCUGGAUUCCAUUGCGCUUCUACUAGACCUGCAUAUGUGGCUGUGAUUAUAAACAUAUUAGUUGCGAUUUAUUCCUUUAUUAUUGUACUUCGUUGUUGUGCGCCGCUUGUUACCUAGUUAUUUGUUAUGCAAUGCCGCACUUCGAUGAGUCGUUUGUAAGCGACUGUGAUUUCGCCGAGCGCCAGCAUGUAUUCUCGUAUUCACUGGAUCGUGGCGUGAAACUCUAUCAGAAGCGCAAACUUAAAUCACCAAAAAUUUUUUAUACACGUUAUCGGCCGCGUGUGGUCGUAAAAAAUGUCGUUCAAUACAGUGCCAUCAGUUCUCCAUCCACACCUAAUUCCUCACUUUCUUCACAAUCGAAUAUUGUUUGUGGAGGUGGUACACCAUCGCCAAACACACCCUCUCCCGCCACACCUACAUCUCAACAAUCCGCAAAUACACCGCUGAGCGGCAAUAGUGCGAUAUACCAGACCCCGGGUAGCGGAUUUAGUGUUUCAACUUCUGGACAUAAAAACAGUUUGAAAGGUACGAAAUUGGCGCGUAGAGCGCGCUCUUUCAAGGACGAUCUGAUCGAAAAAAUCUCCAUGAUUCGCACACCAAACAAUACUUUGGGAAGAUCCCAUUCCCCGCACAGUCCACGUAGUAAACCCAUGAAACCCCCACCGACCGCCGAAGAGGUGGCUAAGUCUGCCAGUUCGCUGGAAAUGCAUGUUAAGGAUAUUUCAAAUGCUUUAAAGCACUUCCGCGAUGUUAUACUCAAGGCUAAGCUUGAAGUUCUGCCAGGCAAUGCAACUGUUAUUCUUGAGACUAUUGCUAGCAUGUACACCGUAAUACAGUCAUAUGCAUUGGACAAACAUAGCACCGUCCUUUUGUCGGCAACUCAACAAGUGUAUCAGUCGCUGGGUAAAUUGGUGAAGCUCUGCGACGAGGUAAUGCUUAUAUAUGCAGCGCGGCGUAGCGACGACGAAAGAUGCGAAGAUCAUGCGGAAGAGGAUCAUCAACAGCUUAAAGCAUUGCUCAGUGAAGAUAACGUAAAGGAGAUUGUUGAUUUGCUUGGCGAUGCGGUGCGAAAUUUGGCGACACUCGCUCAGCAAAAAUUGAAGGAACGCGAGGAGAACGCUUUCAAGUAUGCACCGAGCAAUGUCGACGCCGCUGUAAUAGCAGACAACGCUGACGCGUCACAGAAUCACUUAAUGCGACUGCCGGUGGAAGUUGCUGGUCAACGUACAUCGCUGCCGGACAUAACGCUAACACCGAAGGAACGUGAUAUUUUAGAAAAAACCAACUCGAAUCCCAUACGCGCAUCUCACAGUACCGAGAGUAUAUUGCGUGAUACGAGUCCACCACCCAAACCGCCGCUACCAAACAGACCACCACCGCUGCCGCCCAAACGUCGUAUUCAACAGCAACAACAACAGAAUUCUCAUAGUAAAAGCAUCAACUCAGACUUGGAUUGGAGUUCUGACGUUUCACUCGUAAACUAUGGUGUUGAUUAUAAUCUAUCCGUGCGGUCACACUCGCCGGACGAAAAUUCUAGUCAAUGUUCGCUAGAUUCGGAAUUGAAUCACUCGCGCGAGGAGGAGGAGCUCAAGUCAUUGGUGUUGGGCAAUCGCCUCAACGAAAGCAUGCUCGAUAAUGAUGUAGAUACAUUAUUCAUAUCCAAACCACUCACAAGCGGUGGCAAACGGGCUAUGUUGAACAGCAAAGUAGCUGGCAACAAAUCAGUUGGCUCUAUUAGUGGCGUCGGCGUUGCUGGUGAGCCUCUUAACACCGCUUUCAGCGCACCAGCACAAAACGUCUUCGAUAGUUCCAAACGCGUUGGGGUCAGUGGCGAUGAUGCUGAUGAAUGUGAUUACAUACAAAGUGUGAAUAGUAAUAAUGGCGCUGGAUGCACAGUGGAUAAACUGGAAAUGCGCAAAAAUACUAACAAUCGUCAUUCCAAUGAAUCGGGCUUUGUUUCCAUGACAUCUGUGCGCACCUCGGCGCAGAGCGUAUCGAAACGUUCAUCCGAUGGUGGCUUUCAAUCAUCAACCAAAUCUAGUUCUAACUCGGAAAUAGCUUUCGAGGCCAUUGAAUCGUCUAGCAGUGGGGAAUUCCACACCCAAUCACAAGAGUUCCACCACCAGCAAACCACAUGUUCGUCUAUGCCGAAUGCAAUGUCGUCCACAAUGAUGACAACAUCAAAUAGCAUCAUGAAUAAUAUGUCUACACUGGCGCACGAUGCGCGCUCGAUUAGCAAUACAAGCAGCGUUAGUCCUGAUCACUAUGAAAGCGGUGGAAUUUUAACGGAACGUUCGGUUCACAACAGCAGUAGUAGUCACGUGCAGUCGUCGUUUUCAUCGUUGGUAAAGGCUAAUAGUUUGGAUACCACUUCUUCUUCGGAUGGAGGCAUGGGUUCACACAGUGAUCUAGUGCCGCCCGCACUGCCGCCCAAAACCAGUCGCAGUAAGGAGGCACGUAUAUUCUCUCAGUAUGACAAUUUUGAUGAAAUGGACGAUAACAAUAGCGAACUAGCCGAACUUCGACCACAUCAUCACUAUAACUUCAAUAGCUAUAGCCAGCAUAAUCAACACUCAUUGCAACAGCAUCAUAACCAUCAUCAUCAAUAUCAGCAUCAUGUGUCGCAGUGGCAGCAAACUAAACAUCAAAGUCUCAUCGAAUCACGACGUCUCGGCGGCGGUUUUGUCAGCAGUUGCACAACUAUGGGUAGCAUUGGAGUCGACGUCAGUGGCAGCGGCAGCGGCAGCGGAAGCGGUGCGGAACAACCACCGCCGCUACCCAUCAAGAAAAAGCACAUUUGGGCGUACAUGGAGCUUUGUCAGGGACCUAAUCGACCACUUGGGCGCCAUACAAUGCAUAUGUACGAUUUGACGGGGAACAUCUCACACAGCCAAACAAUGAACAUUGUCCCACUACCAAAGGAUCUAUCGCCACCGACGGAGCAGGAAACACCGCCCGCACUUCCACCAAAGAACUAUAAACAGCAACGCAAGUCGAGCGUCACACCGCCCACCAUAAUAACAACUCCACCGCCUAGUCCGAAACCCACGCAUUUAAGCGCUGGUGCAGAUGCUGAGAAUGGUCGGCCAGGACGCGUGUUGUCCGCCACCCAAGGCAGUGAAAUGAUGUCAACCGUUUGCGAAGAACUUGGCGAUCUUACCGAGGAAGAGCAAGCGUCACUACGCCACUUCCAUCAGUUGCCUAAUGAAAAUUGUAGCAGCCAUAUGGGUCGAAGGCAUUCACCCCUGCGUCGCGCAGAUACACAUGAGGGUACAUCCGGUAGUAGAGCUGAGAGCGCUGGAGAAGAUCAAUUGUUAGAAAAUAAUAGCUAUGGUGAUCAUAAGUGUGAUGAACUGCAGACGCUGUCGCAAGAGGAGCUGCCGCAAAUGCUGGAAGAAAUCGAUGUUACCAAAUAUUUGGUGCUGAAGAGAAAAGACGAAGACGGACCCGAAGUGAAAGGCGGCUACGUGGAUGCAUUGAUCGUGCAUGCGAGUCGCGUACAAAACGAUAAUGCUUUCAUCGACGCCUUCAUCACUACGUUCCGCACCUUUAUACAGCCGAUCGAUGUAAUCGAAAAGCUAACGCAUCGGUAUACGAUAUUCUUUUGUUUCCAAAAUGACCAGAAGCAAAGGGUCGCCAGGGAGACGUUUUCUCUUUUAAUGAGAGUAGUGGAUGGGCUAACGUGCAUGGAUCUUACAGAUCAACUACUAUCGCUCAUAGUAGAAUUCAAUUACCAAUUGGUAUGCGCCGGACAAUUAUACUUGGCCAAAACAUUGCGUAGCAUAUUUGUUGAGAAGGUGACAUUGUUCAGAGAACAACGUUUACCACCUCCCAAAUCCGAUAUGCAUAUCACAGUCACUAAUCAACCCAGUCUGCUCGAUCUCAAAUCAGUAGAAAUUGCCGAGCAAAUGACAUUGUUGGAUGCUGAUCUAUUUCAGAAAAUUGAAAUACCCGAAGUAUUGCUCUUUGCAAAAGAGCAGAGUGAAGAGAAGUCGCCCAAUUUAAACAAGUUUACAGAACAUUUUAAUAAUAUGUCAUUUUGGGCUCGUUCGAAAAUUCUUACUUUAAGUGAUGCCAAAGAACGCGAAAAGUAUGUAAUUAAAUUCAUAAAAAUUAUGAAGCAUUUGCGAAAGAUGAAUAAUUACAAUUCAUAUUUGGCAUUACUGUCAGCGCUCGAUUCAGCGCCUAUUAGAAGAUUGGAGUGGCAUAAAACUAUUACUCAAGAUAUAAAAGAAUAUUGUUUACUGAUUGACUCCAGUUCUAGUUUUCGUGCGUAUCGAACAACGUUGGCUGCAACAAGUCCACCAUGCAUUCCGUAUAUUGGACUGGUGUUGCAGGACUUAACGUUUGUUCACGUUGGAAACCCAGACUAUUUAAAAGAAGGCGUAGUUAACUUCUCAAAACGUUGGCAGCAAUACAAUCUUAUAGAGAAUAUGAAACGUUUCAAAAAAUGUGAGUACAAUUUUAAGCGGAACGAACGCAUUAUACGGUUCUUUGAUAACUUUGAGUAUGAAUUGGGAGAGGAAGAGAUGUGGCAAAUAUCAGAAAGCAUAAAACCGCGUGGAAGACGACCUGUGCAAGCGUAAAAUGUGCGAAAUAACUACACAUCAAUAUCCCACAUAUCCUGACGGAAUACUCAAUUGAACGUUAGCAAAGAAUUUGAGAGGAAACCUGCAAAAGCCAAAAAAAAAACUAAGAUUACAACAAUAUAUUCAAGCCUGGAGUAUAGCAUUUAAUAAGAUGAUAAAAGCAGCAAACGAAAGCAAUGCACAGCUAUUGAAAAGUAAUUAAAUAUUUCAAAGCACAAUUAUAGUCCAUACUUGCAUUCUUAAUCAAAUAGUGAUAAUCAUCAUUCUGCACUCAUUUAAAGCGCAUAAUCCAUUGCGAACAAAUUGGAAAAUUGGAAGUAGUAAUGUUUAAAAUCAUACAUAUAUUAGCGAAGUAAAAAAUAGAAACGAUUAAUGGGUCGAUUACGGAUAGUAAUGCAACUAGAAAGAAAAGUUGUAUUACGAUUGUCAACUAUCGCCAGGUUCUGUAGAGUAAUCGAUAAUAGAAAUUUGACAGAUCGACAACCGGCAAGUGGUUGUAACAAGCUGUGCUAGUAAAAUUAAAUUAUUAAAAUAAAGAGUUUAAAAAAGUCAGCAAUAAUGCUAAGUUCAGUACAACUAUUUGUUUAAAAGGGAAAGAAGUGCAUGAACUCGGGCUCAAUCAGGCGGCAUUUAAAGGAUAAUUCCAACUUCCGCCAGCUACCGCCUGCACUGAGCAAAAGUUAAUGCUUUCAAGAUUUUUCUUUUAUUAUUUUUUGUGUUCACAUUUAAAGUAUACUUUUCAAUUUUCACAGUAAUAACAAAAAUGUAGUUGCCUGUAUAAACACUUUGUAGCAACUGCAGUUGCUAGUUGAGAGUUGCCAGUUGCCAUCUGUUAUAUCGUUUCGGCAACUGGCAACGCAAAUGAAGUUCGGUUGCUAUCGAUAAUCGACCCAUAAAUUAGCAAACAAUAUAUGUAUAUGUAUCAGAUCAAUAGAAAAUCAAUCGAUGGAGCAACAAGAAACCAAACCAAAAUGCACCGACAAAAACAACGAAAUUUUACGUAUGUAUUCAUAUUUUUGUGCACCGUACCAAUUUUAUUUAUAUCUCAACUGCAAUGUCCAGUCUACAACAAUAUGGUGCUCCAUAAAACAAGCAAUCUAAUUAAAUUUUUAUUCUUAUAAAACUACAACAAAUCAACGAUUAAUAUGUGAACCGUCGAAACUCUGUAUAAUGGAGAUGUAAAGGCAAGCGCUUAGCGAUCCAAAACGAAAGAACUUUAAAAGUUAACUUAGGUUUUAUGAAAGUUGUAACUUCUAUUUAUUUUCUUGAAUUGCUGCGUUUAUCUUUUAUAAGUGUUGUAAUUGUGGAAUUUGCAUUUUUAGCGCAACCAGUGAAAUGGGCGUAUCUGUCGAGAGCCUUCUAAAGUUGGCUGAGAGACUUUUCGUACUGUUAUGGCCUUAUUCAUAGAAAUAUAAAAUAUAUUUAUUUUUUUACCGCUUUAUGAACCGAUAGUUCAACUUUAUGGCAAGGAUAUUAUGGAUGUCCUUAUAUCUUCGGUUAUCCAAGAGUUUAUGAAGAGUUAUCCCUUGAUUUUUGCAGUGUCAUGCUGUUGCGAUUACCCAGCAUCGGGUGCUCUCUGCUGUGCAGCAUUUGGGUGGAGGUGCUAAUGCGCGUUGAAAAAAAAGCCAGAUACACAUUUUACAAGACGAAGGGAUUACAGGGUGGCGAGGAAUAACUGUUACCCAGGAUUUUUUUUUAAUAAAAGGGUACUUUAUAGAUUUUUGCCAAAAAAAGUAUUUUAUUAUU